UCACGAGUUUGAUGUUUGUAUUCAAUAUAUAUAAAAUAAAUAAGAUAUGUAUAUAAAUAUAUAUACAUUGUAUAGAUAUAUUAUUGGAGAAAUAAAGGGGGAAAGAAAUGAACUCUAAACAGUCGGAACUCGUAGAAAGAUACCAAGAAAGUCAGCUCCAGAAAAAGGAAAACCCUGAUGAGUUUGAAUCUGACAGUGAUGACGAGUUAAUGGAAUUAUUGGAAGAGGAAGAAGAAGCAGCAUUUUCAAAAUAUAGAGAGGCAAGACUUCAACAAUUAAGUGAAGAAUUUAAAAAGGUGGAUGAUGCGCACGGUACCGAGAUGGGCGAAUUGAAAUUCAUACAUGAUGAAAAGGAAGUCAUGGAUAUAGUGACCAGAUCUGAACAUGUCAUAAUUCAUUUUCAACAACCUGAAUUUGCUAAAUGUAAAAUAAUGAAUGAAAGACUAACUGUUCUUGCUGAGAAACAUUUGACUGUCAAAUUCAUAUAUGUCAAUGCCUCAGAGACUCCAUUUCUUGUUACAAAGCUUGGGAUUAAGGUUUUACCAUUCGUUGUAGGAUACAUAGGAGGGAAAGAAGCUCUUCGAGUGGUUGGAUUUGAGAAAUUAGGUAAUGAUCCAAAUACUUUUAAUGUAGAAGUUUUGGAACAAUUACUUUAUGUGCAUGGGAUUAUUAAUAGAAGAACCAUAAAUUUCGGAUCUAUUAAACAGAAAACUAAAGCUGUUACCGAAGAUUCUGACGAUGACCUUGAUUUAUAAUUAUCAACAACAAAAUAACCAUUGAAUGAAACUUUUUGAUCUGUUUAUAGGUUGGAAUUCUUGAGAAUCAUUAUCAUUAUCUUUAAUUGAGUUGUAUCGCCGGCCCAAGUUUGUAUAUAAACGAUCCCUAUCCAAUCCUAAACGUUUUCUAUUUUCUAGGACCGCAUCACCAAUCAUA